GUAGCCUGAAAAGUUAAACUGAUGAGUUUAAUUAAGUAUCUACUAAACAAACACGACUAGAAUGGAAAUGCUUUGAAUGUAAUCAUUUUCUCUUUUGAACGAACGUCUGUAAGAUAAAAACCAAACUAAUAAUCUAAAAAGCAUUAAAGUUGACAACAUGUUUCAGCCAUGUCAUUUUAAUUUUUAGGCAUUGGAGAUCAAUUUAGAGGCUAGAUCUAGAUAAGAUUUAGAUUUUUUUUCCAUGAAGAUUAUUUUGUUACAGAGUGACAGAGUCUAGUCUAGAUCUAUCAAUCUAGGUCUAGAUCAAGAGUCUCUACAAUAUACUACAUUUGAUGAUUUAGAUCUACAUCUAAUGACUAAUCUCUAGCUAAACUGCUGUUUUAGUGUUUAUUAAUAUUAUUAUUGAACUACUUACAAUCUUUUUAUCUUCAUAUUUAAAUUUUUGGAUAUGAAUAUGUGUGACACAACAAAAUCUAACGAUUACGGUGCCAGUACCAAAGAAUUGAAAGUCGCCAAAGACUUGAAAGAGAAAGCUAAACAAGAUGAGGUUGACCAUGGGCAUGAUCAUGAUGAUAAUCACUUAUCCCAACAAGUACAUUCUGCUAACAGCUGGGAAACUGCUGACCUUGGAGACAAACAGAGAAAUGAAAAAUUUCUACGACUAAUGGGAGCUGCAAAGAAGGAACACCGUGGUAAAAUAGUUAUUGGUGAUAAAAGUCCAAGUCAUAAAAGACAAAACAAAGAUGUUGAACAUAUAGAAGAAGAACUUGUUGAGCAGUAUGAACAUGGCUUAGAACAUAGGAUGGCAAGUGGCAAAAAAGGACAUCUUGGGCUAGGUUACCAUGGGAGUGAAACACAGGAAGCAGAGAUGGCCAAGAAAGAUUUACCAGAUGAGACAAAGGGAGAGAACACACAAAGGAACACAGUGGAAGAUGAGAAAGGAGAUGCAAUCUGCAGCCAUACUGAAGAAAAGAGAGACAGCAAGAGAAACCAAGACUCAAGUGAACUAGAUGAAAGCAAACCUGAGGUCAAGAAAAUCAAAUUUAUUCAAGGAAACUCGUAGACUUUUAGCCAAUAUAGUUUGUACAUAGUUGAGUUUGAUUGUGACAGAAAGAUGUGUCAAAUAGUGUGUACAUGUGGCAGAACUUCUUGAACUUGAGGUCUGCAUUUUAGUGUAUUUCUAGUUAGUAAAGCAACUUUCAGAUUUCAGGUCUAUCAUGAUAUGCAUUUUGUAGUGUUACAUUUGAAUGCAUAGAUCCAUGAAUCCUAGUAAACUGAUACCAUUAUUAGGUAUGCAUUUGAUUAAGAAUAAAUAUAAAAAUAUUGAAUGUACUCUUAUUCUUAUUCUGGUAUGAUUAAUGGACAUGCAUUUUAUUUGGAUGUUUUGAAUGUUGCAUUAACCUAUUAUUACCAGGGGACACAAGUUUCUUUGAUCAUUACACAUUUUCUGUUACAGUUUAUUAACUAUUUUAUUUAGAUUUGUCCACCCAGCUAUCAGUCAUUGCCAUUAAAUAUGCUUUUAAUAAUUGACAUGAAUAAAAAAAAGUUUACACAUUUAA